AUGUCCUCCUCACUAUUGUUGCGCCAGCUGAGCCACACCGGCGCCUCCACGCGGGCCAACUUCCAGCCCUGCGCCCCGGGCCCGCCGUCCUCGCAUCCCCCCAGGCGGAAUGGCCGCCGCCGCGGGGCCGCGACGAUCAGUCGCCUGAUCGACGGCCAGAGGGAGCGGGAGGCUGGAGAGCGGGGGCGCAUCGGGCCGGGAGCGGCGUCCGGGGGCAACGGGUGGGACACCGACGGAUCGGGCCGGGAUGCCGCGGCCUCGACCGUCUUCGUGGCGGAGACGAUGCUGCCGACGAGGUCGGGCAGCUAUCGGCUGCGCGGCUACCGCCACUCGGUGGACGGUUGGGAGUCGUACACGGAGCCCGCCGUGGUCGUGUCUGGGCGGGUGGAGGACCAGGAGAACGUUCCUGUGAGGGUGCAUGAUGCCUGCUUCACUUCAGAGGUCCUUGGCUCCUUGAAGUGUGACUGUGCUCAACAGCUGCAGCUUGCACUGGAGUACAUCCAAAACACACCGCCGGGCAUCGUAAUCUACUUACAGCAGGAGGGCAGAGGCAUCGGCCUCUCCAACAAGAUCGCGGCGUAUGCUUUGCAGGAGCGAGGCCUUGACACUGUGGAUGCCAACCGGGCUCUGGGUCUUCCUGAUGACUGCCGAGAGUACUCCCCGGUACCCAACAUCUUGGAGGAUUUGCGCAUCAAAAGCAUACAGCUAAUGACGAACAACCCCAGAAAGCUCUCUAUGCUUGAAGAUCUAGGAAUUCGCAUAACAGGCCGCAUACCUUGCAUCGUGGGGCCUGGGAAGCACAAUCAGGCAUAUCUUUCUGCAAAGGAAAAGCGGAUGGACCACUUGCUAGAAGGCAGCUGGUGCUACUGGAACCAUGACGGUGAACCGACUCAGCCAGUCGCAGGGCCCCUCAGACAAGGUUCCAUCCUUCCCUCAUCAACAGAAAUUGCCGCCAAGGUUAGGGAACUUUCGGCGGAAGAAUGA